AGACCGGAAGUCGUGAUUCGGUUACCUGGUACCUGAAGAGAUGAGGCUCCUCGUGUUCUCCGCGAUUCUGGGCGUGGUGGCGUGGAGGGCACCGGAAGUAGCUGGCCACGUGGCUUUGACGUUUCCUCGGGCCCGGAAGUUCGACCUGGACUUCCUCGACAAUGCCAGGACGCCUGCGCCCUGCGGGAUGCCGAGAGGGGACGUCAAAACCUCCCUGCUUUCCGGCAGCAGCUUCAACGUCACUUGGCACCUCGCGUAUCCGCAUAAAGGAGGAUUCAGGCUCCAAAUCCUGGACUCCUUGGACCGGCCUCUGAUCGACCUCACCCCGGUGACCCGGCAGAGCGAGUUCGUCGAAGAAGACGCAACGGCGCAGUGGUACCCGGUCGAGUUACCGCAGAACUUCACAUGCACCGACUGCACUAUCAGGCUUCUAAGGGAAGCCGAAGAGUGGGGCUCGAGUUACAGGUUCUGGUCCUGCGCCGACGUCGACAUUGUAGACAGGAAGGCGUACCGGGAGGCUUGCAACGGACAUGGCAGAUAUCUCCUGGGGAGAUGUAGAUGCGACAGGUUCUACCAUGGCUCGAAAUGCGAGUUCAAGGAGGAUUGCCUGGACGAUUCGGACUGCGGUACCCAGGGAGUCUGCCAGGACAACGGAGGAACGACUUCUCCAACUAGGCAGUGUUACUGCAACAUGGGCUGGUUCGGUCCUGGCUGCAACAAGAAGUCCGUCAUCAAGACCGCAGACAUAGACUUCGAUGCCUACACGAUGAAGCGAUUUUCGGACGACUUCGUCCUUUAUUGGAGGAUCCUGAGGGAGAGCAAAGAGCUGGAGGCCAUCGCCGUGGCGAACGGAACUUCCUGGCUGGGCGUGGGGUGGAGGCCGAGCAGCUUGACUCCCUCUUGUAAGGCCUUCCCGGAGAUCCGAGAUCCCCCGGGAGAGCCUUUGCCAAGGCCGGAGCCAAAAGCGGAACCGGAGCCAGAAUCGAAGCCUGAACCGGAACCGGAACCAUCCGCGGAGCCGGAACCGAAAUCGACUCCGAAGUCCGAGCCUGAAUCCGAAAGAGAACCGAAAUUCCGCACGAAGGUCUCUUCCUCGUCUGCCGUGGGGACGCCGGAACCGGAACCCGAGCCGACCGCGGAACCGGAACCGGAACCGGAGCCCGAGCCGGGACCCUCGAACUUCAAAUCCACUGCCAAGAGGAGGUCGCCGAAGGCGGAAGUCUUCGUCCCCGUCACUCCUGCCAACACGGAUGUCACCGUGCAGACCAGCGUCACCUACAGAGUCAGCACAAAACAAGGUCGCAAGAGAAGGUCUCCGGAAGCUGCAACUCCAGAACCGACAGGGACACCAAUCGACGACACUUUAGGAAGGCAUGUUACGGCAGAACCGGAGCCCAAAUCCGAGCCUGAACCCGUUUCCGAACCUGAGCCUGUUUCCGAACCUGAACCUAUUUCUGAGCCUGAGCCUAAAUCAGAGCCUGAGCCAAUUUCUGAGCCUGAACCUAAAUCAGAACCAGAACCUAAAUCAGAGCCUGAACCUAAAUCAGAACCAGAACCUAAGUCCGAGCCUGAGCCUAUUUCUGAGCCUGAGCUUAAAUCAGAGCCUGAACCUAAAUCAGAGCCUGAACCUAAAUCAGAACCAGAACCUAAAUCAGAGCCUGAACCUAAAUCAGAACCAGAACCAAGAUCAGAGCCUGAACCUACAUCCGAACCUGAACCUACAUCCGAACCUGAACCUACAUCCGAGCCAGAACCAAAAUCCGAACCCGAACCGAAAUCAGAACCGGAGCCAGAGCCUAGUUCCGAGCCGGUACCAAAACCCGAACCAGAACCUGAACCGGAACCAACUAGUACGAAGACGGGAGCCACCAAAGCUCCCGCCCCGCCAGCGGUGCACAAGUACACCCCGAAGCAUGACUUCGUCGCCAUGGACUGCACCGACAUGGUGAUCGGCAGUGCCAAAGGCAACAGCCACAAGAUCGGAGACUACUACAGCCGAGACAGGUCGACUCCCAGGAUAGACAGCUUCUGGGGGGGAAAGGACAGCUUGACAGCUGCCACGGGCUUCGAGAGGGACGGCGUGACGACGAUAGCCUUCCGCAAAAAGCUGACCAGCGACGAGCUGACGGAUCACGAGAUCCUGGACGGAGACAUGCUGGUCAUCUGGGCCAAGGGUCAGGAGCCAGGAAAGUACGUCCACGUGCCUCCCAGUGGGGUCGACGAGGUUGGCAAGGCCUCCGUCAAGGACUUCUACAAGGCCGACGAGCUCAAGUACCACGGACAUCGGUCUCAAAGAGGCUCCGUCACCUUCAACUUCUUCGAGGAGAAGAAGUCCGAACUCUUCGCCGGCGACCCCACUCUUCGCACCGGAGGCUGCGGAGGCGAAUGGAAAUAUCCCAGACAGUGUUCUCCGGAUGCUGGAAACUGCGAAUAUUCGAUUAAGUGGACGUACAGGGCUAAGACGGAUCAGCUGACGUUCACUAUAGUCACGACGAACACGGACACCUGGACAGGCGUAGGGUUCUCCAACGACGAGAAGAUGACCCAAACGGACGCGGUUUUGGGCUGGGUGGACCAGGGCACGGGUCGAGCCUUCGUGAUGGAUACCUGGAUAAGCGGCUACAACGCUCCGCUUCUGGAUCCUUCCCAGGACAUCUUCAGCUACAGCGGUAGCAUAAAGGACGGAGCAACCACGUUGAAGUUCUCCAGGAAACGCGCCACCAAGGACAACAGGGACCUGUCCUUCACGGAUGAUCAGUGCCUCUACAUGAUGUUCGCCGUCAAAGGAGGAGCCUUCAACCCCGUGAACAAAAAAAUUCGGAAGCACGAGAGCGUGCCGAUUGUCUCCUCCGAAAGGAUCUGCAUCAGAUCCUGCGGAAUCGACGAAGAUGUUGCAGACUCUACCCCAGCUCCCCCAAGACUGUACUACGACGUGGAAGUGAAGCUGGUGAACCUCGGCGAUGGCUUCGUAGCUCCAGAGCCCUCCACUCCGGACUUCGAGAUCAUCUCCAACACGAUAUCCGAUAGUUUCGGGCCCGUUCUUAACAAGGUCCCAGGUUACUACCAAAUCCAGCUGAACGAGCUGCAAAGCACGAACGAGGAUGGAGUGAUAGCGAAAAUGAACCUCAUCCUGGACAAAAACGAGGCCAAGGGCAGAGCUCUGCGACCUGGAGACACGGAGGCUCUUGCCGAAGUUGCGCUGAGAGAAGCUCUUGGGACUGGAAAGGUUGGAUCUCUGACGGUGGAUCCUCAGUAUCUCGUCCUGCGAGCUCCUCAAGUGAACGACGUGGUGACCGAAGAUGAGGAAAACGACAAUUCCCUGGGUGGGUCCGGAUUGCUCCUGGAAGCGACGAAGCUGUACAUUGUUGCAGGGUGCGUAGCAGCCCUAGUCGCCCUGGCCUUGCUGCAAGCAACUUGCACUAUUUACAGGGCAUCCAGGAAGAGGACCACAAAGGAACGCCUGAUAGCGAGUAACGCCUGGAAGGACUACUCGUCCGGGGCGAACACGAACUUCGCAUUCGAGGGUUUCGAGACCGAGGAGAAGUCCCCUCCACCGGUGUCGAGUCUGCCGAGGCCUAGGGAAGUGGGGCCCACCGUGGAGCACCGUUCCCCAGGGCAAAGGGAGGUCCUGGGAGGUCCCAGGGCGACGUACAGCCUCCCUCGAGCCCCGGGUCCAAGGCAAGCUCCACCACCUCAGCAACUUGGUUACUUCACCCAGGAUCGUAGGAACCAGCGGUUCAAGGGCUCCGGCACCCUGGGCAACAAUCAGACUCAACCUGACUUCUAUUUCAUGCCCAGCCAAAGGAAGUACAGCGGGGAGGUGGUGCGCGUCUACGUGGACUAUGGGAACCAGCCGAAGUAAAUGUUCUUGGACAGCCUGGGAGGGACCUGGAAGCACCAGGAGUCAGGAGAAACCGGGAAAUCCAGGGCGGACGAAGACCUCUUACCUACGAAGACAGAACCUUGUCAAAUCUCUCGACGGCACCGACAUGGGAAUCCUAGGAAACAUAGUCUGUCCUGGGCCUUCCUCGAGGAGGACAUGAAAUUCCGCCUGUCCGCCCGUGGUGAAUUCGACGAAUCAACGUCCCGCGUCUAGUGGGACCUGUAAAUAGACAUUACCGAUUACAGCGGGCCCGAGAGCAUUUACUUGGUGCUCCUCGCGAUUUUGCCUUGGUACCGCAUUCCAGCGAGCAUUCCUCGCCACCAAAGAGCUAUAGCACGUGUACCGCAGGGCGCAGCCGAAAACUGGGAACUGCGGGUCUAAAAAGGACAAGCGGUUAAAAUUGAACUUUACAGAGAUAAUUACCAGUUAAACGGUCGAGAGUGGUCGCCUCUUUUACCAGAAAGCCGUUCGUUCGCCGGCGUCGCUCGGUAGAGUUAAGCGCCAAGUACACAUCACGGCGCGACAGUCUCCGGGAAACGUCCCGGAGCGUGCUAUCUAUACGUCACUCAUGCGUUAACGUACAAUGUAGAUAUAUCGCAGGCCCUAGGAGAGCCCUUUGCAAGAUAGGCGCACAACCGCACGUGUAUAUAUUAAAAUCUGUACAUAGUAACGCCUCGAGGAGUCCGCCGAACGUCGCGGAAUACUCUGCGAAGGCAAAAGGCGCACCCUCGUGUGUAUUUCCAUUAGUGGUUAGCACCCUCUUCCACUUCGCCCUAUUCCGCGUAGAGGUGGACAGAAUAAUCGACCAGAUGGAAACCAAGUGUCGACAAGUUAACGGAGACGUGUAA